AUGAUGUAUCUAAUAAAUUAAUAUUAUAUUAAACAUUUCUAAGAUGUGGAAAUAAUCAAUUAAAAAUUGAUUAUGUAUGUAUUAAUUAAUGUGGAAAUGGAAUCCUACUAAAAUAAUAUUAAGAAUGUGAUGAUGGAAACAAUGUAAGAGGAGAUGAAUGUUCUACUUAUUGUCUAAUUGAAAAUUCUUAUUAAUGUAUUAAUUCAGAAGGAUGUUUAAGUUUAUGUACAUUUAUUAUUGCUCCUGACUUUAUAUUAGAUGUUGUUUAUUGAAUUUACAUUCAAUUAAUAAGUUAAAUUAUCUUAAGAAAUUAAUUUUGAAUAAAUUGUUAUAUAUACUAUUACUCCAUAAACUUAAUAUAAAUUAACUAUUAAUUGUCUAUCUAAUCUAACUACUACCCUUAAUAAUCCUAACUAUUAAAUUGUUAUUGAAUUUAUAGAACCUAUAUUAAAUCUCAUUUUAUAAAUUGAUAUUGAUAAAUCUCUUAUACAAAAUGAAUUUUAAUUAAAUUUAUUCUAUAAUUAAAAAUAAGUCAAUCUUGCAACUUCUAUUGUUUUACCAUAAACCACUAAAUAAAAAUUAACAUCUAUUGUUUAAUUAAAUGAUAUCAUGAUGUACUCAAUGGCUACCGUAUCAAGUUUAGCCUUUCUAACUGGAAAUGCAAUCAUGUUUUUUAAUUUGUUAGAUUUAUUGCAGUCCUUAUCUUAUAUAAGAUUUAUGUAAUGUUAAUUUCUACCUUUUUGA